AUGGCGCUCCAGCGUGCCGUCCUCCUGGCAGGCCUUCUGGUGGAAGUUGCCAGCAAAUCCUCAGAAAGUGCGGGCCAGCAGCCUGAAUGUUGUGUGGACGUGGUGGAUGUCAACACCACCUGCGGGGGCACAAGCCUGUGUGGUCCAGGCUGCUACAGGCACCGGAACGAGAACGGGAGUGUCAGCUGCGUCCGCUGCAGGAACGGCACCUUCAGCCCCCACUGCCGCGGCCUCGCUGGCUGGGGCGCACAGUUCCCACUGAACAGGAGCACGGGAGCGCCCGGGCAGCCAAAUCUUGGGAGCCCGCAGGUGGCAGCCUCCCUCUUCCUGGGGACGCUCUUCGUCAGCUCUGGCCUCAUCCUGUCUGUGGCUGGGUUCUUCUACCUGAAGCGCACCAGCAAACUCCCCAAGGUCUUCUACGGGAGAAACAAAGCCCCUGCCCUGCAGCCUGGCGAAGCCGCUGCCAUGAUCCCCCCGCCACAGCCCUCAGUGCGGAAGCCGCGCUAUGUCAGGCGCGAGCGGCCCUUGGACAGGGACACGGGCCCCACUGCCAUCUCCUCGGUGGAGGCCCGGGUCAGCAACGUCUGACCCGGGGACCCACCCACAACUCUGCACACCGCCUUGGAGAGAACCCAGCACACAAAGGACAGGCACUGCCCAGCAAGGCCUCAGGACAGGUCUGGACACAGCCCCUGACUCGGCGUGACUAUCUCCCAGCAGCAGGUGCUGCCGGAGGGUGCUUCUUCCCUCCCCACAGCUGCUCAGUGUGAUGGACUGGGAGCCGCGUCCUUGAGCCAGGCUCGGGAGUGUGGCCAGGUGGGGUCUGGGCCCCUCGGGAGAGACCGCUCCCAGCGGCCAAGCGCCUACAGGGACUGCUGGGCUGCUCCAUGCCCCUCUGCC